GCCGAGCUGAGCCGGGAGGCGAGGAGGCCCCGCCCCCGCCUCUCCGAGCUGGCUCCUUGCAGCCUCCCAAACCGCUCACUUUGCUUCUUGCCUCUGGACGGCGGUGGGGCGGUUGCCACAACCGCGGCCGGAGGGAAAGCUGGGGACCAGGAGCCAUCCCGCACCAGCUUCCUCUCUUGGCGCCCGCGCCCCUCAGAGGGAACAGCGCCCGGCCUUGGAGGGGGCACCCCGCGGGCGCAAGGGGCGGCGGCGCUGACAGCCUCAGUCUCCGCCAGUGGGGUGCGGAGCUGGCGCCGGAGGGGACUCCCUGGACACCUGCAGGUACCGCCGCGCGGAGGGAGUGUCUCUAGGAGCGACGCUGGGCUGCCGAGGAGGCUAGAGCCUAGGGAUCCCCGGGCCAGAGAAGGGCAGAAUCGGAGCUCGGAGGCAGAGUGGGCCACACAGCCCGCGGGCCCCGACGGUGCGCUCCAGGAUCGGCCAACAUCAGGCAGAUCCUGCUGGGCUAGGGGGCCGUGGCGCCUUCGGGCCUCGGGGCCGCAGGGCCUCGGGGCGGUCAACCAUGACCUUCGGGCGCAGCGGGGCGGCCUCGGUGGUACUGAAUGUGGGCGGCGCCCGGUACUCCCUGUCCCGGGAGCUGCUGAAGGACUUCCCGCUGCGCCGUGUGAGCCGGCUGCACGGCUGCCGCUCGGAGCGCGAUGUGCUCGAGGUGUGCGACGACUACGACCGCGAGCGCAACGAGUACUUCUUCGACCGGCACUCGGAGGCCUUCGGCUUCAUCCUGCUCUACGUGCGCGGCCACGGCAAGCUGCGCUUCGCGCCGCGAAUGUGCGAGCUCUCCUUCUACAACGAGAUGAUCUACUGGGGCCUGGAGGGCGCACACCUCGAGUACUGCUGCCAGCGCCGCCUCGACGACCGCAUGUCCGACACCUACACCUUCUACUCCGCAGACGAGCCGGGCCGCGACGAGGCGCGACCCGGCGGUGCGGAGGCAGCCCCCACCAGGCGUUGGUUGGAGCGCAUGCGGCGCACCUUCGAGGAGCCCACGUCGUCGCUGGCCGCGCAGAUCCUGGCCAGCGUGUCGGUGGUGUUUGUGAUCGUGUCCAUGGUGGUGUUGUGCGCUAGCACACUGCCAGACUGGCGCGCCGCAGCAGCCGACAACCGCAGCCUGGAUGACCGGAGCAGGAUAAUUGAAGCCAUCUGCAUAGGUUGGUUCACUGCAGAGUGCAUCGUGAGGUUCAUCGUCUCCAAAAACAAGUGUGAGUUCGUCAAGAGACCCCUGAACAUCAUUGACUUGCUGGCAAUCACGCCGUAUUACAUCUCCGUGUUAAUGACAGUAUUUACGGGCGAGAACUCCCAACUCCAGAGGGCUGGAGUCACCUUGAGGGUGCUUAGAAUGAUGCGGAUUUUUUGGGUAAUUAAGCUUGCCCGUCACUUCAUUGGUCUUCAGACACUUGGUUUGACUCUCAAACGAUGUUACCGAGAGAUGGUUAUGUUACUUGUCUUCAUUUGUGUUGCCAUGGCAAUCUUUAGUGCACUUUCUCAGCUUCUUGAACAUGGGUUGGACCUGGAAGCAUCCAACAAGGACUUCGCCAGCAUCCCUGCUGCCUGCUGGUGGGUGAUUAUCUCUAUGACUACAGUUGGCUAUGGAGAUAUGUAUCCUAUCACAAUGCCUGGAAGAAUUCUUGGAGGAGUUUGUGUUGUCAGUGGAAUUGUUCUGUUGGCAUUACCUAUCACUUUCAUCUACCACAGCUUUGUGCAGUGUUACCAUGAGCUCAAGUUUAGAUCAGCUAGGUACAGUAGGAGCCUCUCCACCGAGUUCCUAAAUUAAUGCAUUGCGAAUCAAAUCUUGCAUACACUUUGUUUGGUAGAAAGAGCUGAUGCUCCUUCACAUUGAUGUGUUUCUUGCUCGGCAGGCACUGCAGCGUGGAACUGUUAUCUCGGUGGGGUAAAAACUAUCCUUCCCAGCUGAAGGGGUAAAACAGUUUACUUAUUAUGGAGUAAAUAGGAGUGAGACUGCAAAGGAGAAGUAAUGAUCUCUAGAGUUAAUUUUAGGAUCUUAUUUUAUUUAGGCUUGUCUCCUUCUUGCCUUGAACAAUGACACUUUUUUUGUUUUCAAGUAUAUUAUUUGAACAUUUUAAAAUGGAAAGCUACUAUUUUCCAAAUGUUUUUCCAUCUUAUGAAUUCAGAAGAAGCUUGGAAGUUAUGGUGUUUUUUGUUGGAGAGUAACAUUUUCAUUUCUAAAUGUUUUAUAAUCUCUCAUAUCAAUGUCAGAAGUAUCUUGGAAACAUAUGUCACAUGCGGGAACUGUUUAACAAAUACUUAAAAAAUUUGGCUGAAUUUAAACUGUAUAAUGGAGCUAGAUACAAGCAAGAAUAGUAUUGGAAAACUUUUCCAGCACAUUUCUCAAUUCUCAGAUUUAUUUUUGUUGCUAUUAUUCAUUUAAUCACACAGCUUAAUGAAGCUUGAGUAUGUCCUCACUUUUUCAUUUUGGACUUUUAAAAUCUCUUUACUGAAAUGACUCUUUUAAAAGAGUGUUUUAGAAUGAAGAGAGCUUGUAUUAAUUAGCAUUUAAUUGGAGUUAUUUUAUUUGAAUUCAUUGCUGUCACUAGGUGGUAAUUGACCUUAUAUACCAAUGUCCAAACAACAAGAUUUUUGCAUAAAAAUGAUAAUAGAAGAAGUUUGAUAUUACGGCCCAUAUUUUUCUUCUGUUCUUUUUUUUCAACUGAACAACAUGGGUUAAGGCUUGCCAGGUGAAAAGAUAUCUAUGUACACCAAAGUCAUGCUUAGAUGUUGUCACUGGGUUAUCAUAAACACAGAAAUGAAAUAUUUUCUUACUCUUGGUUGCUGUGUAGCUUAGCCACUGUAAGCCAGCUAAAAGCAAUGAAUACAUAACUAUUUGAUCUGAUCUUCGCCAUUGUGAAUUAUGGCUACACCAAAACUUCUUGCAACACUAUUGAAUAAGAUGCCACAUUAUUUUAGCUAGAUUAUUAGAACUAGAUGUAAAACUGAUACUGUUUAGUGCUAAAUUUUAGCAAGGUAAAUUAAGACUUUUGCCUUGUUAACCAGCUGCCAUAAAGAAGUCAGUGUAUAGACACAAAAAAUUAAAGUAAUAGAUUAACGAAUAAUUUAAUAUUGUACACCAUAAUCUAGUGGUGGGGGGGUGAGGCAGAGAGAGGAUGGCACUUUGAUAUAUUUAUUGGAGAAGGAGUUACCAGAAUUGUUCUUUAAAGGAACAUUAGCCAUCAUCGAGUUCAGACCCCAGCUGGUACAGGUGGAAAACCAGAGACGAGAUGGUACGAUUGUGAAGGAGUUAGGGCUACCACCUGGAUCUCUAAAAAUGGAGUCCAGCAGGUUGUUCUUCACAAACCUCUGGGUUUUGAGAAGCCACACUUCUUUGCCAUUGCCAUUGCUGAGGGGAUACUAGCAAAACUUUUCCUUUUCCCCAAUUUCCUGAUUUAUGUGAUAUUUUGGCCAUUAAGAAUCUCACCUCAUCUUUCUUACUAUUGCACAGUGGUAUGCUACCCAUUACAUACUCAAAAUAAAUUAUAUUAUUUAUUGAACAUUUAUUGUAUUUUAAUAUAUUGGAAAUAAAUAGCAUGGA